AUGUCGACGACGACUUACAAUGCUGAAGACGAUGAAGGACUGACACUCAUGUUCCCGGAGGAGCCUCUUGGGCUACCAGCCGAUAUGGGCUUUGGAUUUUUUCAAGGGUCCCCGCUGGACGUUCUUGGUCCUGGUGGACGCUUUCAAUUGCGGGCGAAGCUUGGAUUUGGAACUAACUCGAGUGUUUGGCUUGCAAAGGACCAGCACCUCGGCCGCCAUGUCGCUCUUAAAAUUCUUACCAGAUAUGCUUCGCAACUGAACGCCAAGAACCUCUUAUGUGAACUCGCCGUUCAUAAGCGCCUGGCCUCUCUUCCAGCCAAUGAGACCAAGCACUGCAAUCGCCUCAUCGCCCAUUUCGUGCAUCAGGGGAUUGAAGAAGAUGGCGACCACCUCUGUUUGGCACUCGAACUCGAACGGAGCACCCUGGACCAUAUAUGGAGUGGCCACAAUUUCAAGUUUUUGCCCAUCCCGAUUGUUAAACGGGUCCUGCGGCACCUUCUUCAUGGCCUGGCUGCCCUCCACAAGUGCGGCGUGGCACAUACAGAUAUCAAGCCUGACAACAUUGUGAUUAGUCUCGGUUCGAGUUGGACUGACGAAACCGUCAGCCACUGGGCCUGCGCUCAUCGACCACGGGUAUACGAACCCUGUCGAAGUCUCAAUAAGGUUGUGACAAAUGCGUUCAUCUCUGAGCAGUUUCCUGCCCCUUCGCUCGCAGAACUUGAGACGUGCAACUACAAGAUCAGUGAUUUCAGCAAUGCCCAAGAGUUGGAUCAUCAAACAACAGACAACAUUACGCCCCUCACAUUGCGCUCUCCUGAAGUUAUACUCGGUGGCCCAUGGGAUGAGAAGGUUGAUAUAUGGACUUUUGGAUGUUUGAUCUUCACGAUCCUCACGAAGGUGGCCCUCUUUACGGAACGUGUCCAACCGGUCCAUCUCCCUUUCCUUCGACCCGGCAUUGAUCCUGAUGUGGAUGGCAUUGAAGUUGACUACACACUAUGGUUGAUGGCAACCUUUGCUGGGCAGCGCUUUCCACCGAUAGUACUCUGGCUUUAUCCAAACAGCCACAAGUAUUUUAAGAACAACGGGGAUAUGAAAUGCUUCGGAUCUUUCCAGCAUCGCCCACUGGAAAUGUGUGUUCAAGACACGGGCUGCCCAGCAUCAGAAGAGGAUGUUGCUGGUGCAUGCUCACUCAUUCGUCGCUGUUUGAAACUGAAUCCAUCGGCACGCCCUUCUGCAUCAGAACUGUUGCAGGCAGGAUUCAUGGCUGAAGGAGUGCAAUGUGUAGUAAUUCUUCCUGUGCGCAAUCUGUAUUAUUAUUUUUUGUUAUCUUUUGAAUACUCUUGUUGUGAUGUUUAA